AUGAGGGUGCUGGAGCUCCUUGAAUCGUUUGAGGACGAAGUCCUCGACCCCGAAGAAGAAACCUUUGCCCUCUUCUCCGCCCCCAUCCCCUCGGCGAACCUCGGCUUCAUCGACCCCCGCGCCGCGGAGCUGGAUAUCACGCUGCCCCCGAACCGCGACUUCACGAUCCACCAGUCGCCGACCCUCCUCGCCUCCUCGCGCGCAGGCGGCACGACGGGCGCCGUCCUCUGGAAGAUCACCCCGCUCUUCGCCGCCUUCCUGUCGUCCCCAGACUGUCCGUUUCUGCCGCCGGCACCGACGGGCGCGGCGAGCAGCAGCAGCGACACGGCGGUCCUCGAGCUCGGCUGCGGCAUCAGCGCCCUGACGGGCCUCGCCUGCGGGCCCCGCGUGGGCCGCUACGUGCUGACGGACCAGCCGUACGUGGCGCGCCUCGUGCAGCGGAACCUCGACGCCAACGAGAGGGCGAGGGCGCCGGCGCCGGCGCGACGCGGUGCCAAGGGGCGGGCUUCGGCUUCUUCACUGCAGCCGGCGCCGGCGCCGACGGGGCACGACGUCUUCUUCGAGCCGCUCGACUGGGAACUCGACGAGGUGACGCCGGCGCUGACGCGGAGCGACGAGGUGAGGAGCUUUGACCUCGUCGUUGCGUGUGACUGCAUCUACAACGAUGCGCUUGUCGAGCCGCUCGUGCAGACGUCUGUCGACGCGUGUCUUUUGCGGAGGAGGGAUGAGGGCGCGACAUCAGGGGAACCUUGCGCUCUGUAUUGUUGCGCAGCAGCUGCGGUCGCCCGAGGUGUUUCGAGGCGUGGCUGA